UGUUGGAAAGUGCGCAUGUGCAGAGAAGUGACCUGUGACAGAUCGCUGCCCUGAUUGGCUGAGCCCAGAAAGCCGCUGCCCUGAUUGGCUGAGCCCAGAAAGCAGCUGCCCUGAUUGGCUGAGCCCUCAGAGCCGUUCAGGGAACCAGGGCGGAUACUCUCUAUCUCAACUAACUUCUCCGUCUUUCAUCUAAAUUCAUUCUUUUUAUUGCAAGACAUUUUAAAAGUUAAACUAUAAAACGCAGCUCAGUGUCCGUCGCUCUGACGGAUUCGUCCAGCGGAUCCAUAACUCCCUCUGAGGAGCAGCAGGAGCAGGAGCAGGAGAUGAAGUGAGGCUCUGAGCUGGUACCUGGCUGUCGGUGGAGAUGGGGAACAGCGCGUUGAAGUCUCACCUGGAAACCUCCCAGAAGACAGGAGUGUUCCAGCUGACAGGGAAAGGUCUGCAGGAGUUCCCAGAGGAGCUGCAGAGACUGACGUCCAACCUGAGGACGGUGGACUUGUCGGGGAAUCGGAUCGAGAUUCUUCCUGACUCCGUGGGGAACUUCCUGCAGCUGAAGAGUCUGACGAUGAACUCAAACCGUCUCACUUGUCUGCCCAGUGAGAUCGGGAAGCUGAAGAAACUGGAGACCCUGAGUCUGAACGGGAACCGGAUCCAGCAGCUAAACCCGGCCCUGGGCCAGCUCAAGGCCCUCCGGACCCUCAGCCUCGCUGGGAACCAGAUCUCAGAGUUUCCCUCCGGACUAGGAACCCUGAGACACCUGGACCUGCUGGACCUGUCCAGGAACCAGAUCCGGAACGUCCCACCUGAGGUGUCUGAGCUGCAGGCCAUCGAGAUCAACCUCAACCAGAACCAGAUCUCGGUGGUGUCCCCUGAGGUGUCUCGGUGUCCUCGUCUGAAGGUCCUGCGUCUGGAGGAGAACUGUCUGGAGCUGUCCUCCAUCCCUCAGUCCAUCCUGACCCAGUCCCAGGUGUCUCUGUUCUCCGUGGAGGGAAACCUGUUUGAGGUCAAGAACCUGCGAGAUCUCGAAGGAUACGACCAGUACAUGGAGCGUUUCACCGCCACAAAGAAGAAGUUCACCUGAAGACCCUCGACAAGGAGUCCUGAGCCCACAGCGCCACCUGGGGGUGGAGUGCACAGAGGCCCCCCCACCUCGCUUCAUCCCCAUGUAGCUGCUGCUAAAACCAGACUCGAGGCAGCGGCCAGUCCUCCUCACAGCACCCCCCCCCCCACCCCCCCACAUCGGAGGCAGGAAGAGACUGUUUUAAUACUACAGAAGAAGAAAAGUCGCUGUGAAACGAUUGUUCACUGAGGGAUGGACAGAGAUCAGACGAGCUGGAUGUUUCAUUGAAGUCCAUUCAUCUAAUGAUCAUAUAUUAUUACUAUUAGUAUUAUUUAUAUAGUAUGUUAGAGCCUUGAUUAUUGACCACCUGUUAAUAAUGCUGCUCCGCUAAGCUAGGCCAGUUAGCACAAAUCACAUUUAACUACACUUAGCUAAGCUAACAGCUAGCCCAGUUUGUCUGAUUUAAUGUUGUAUUCUGAAGGAGGCAGGUGAUUUAAUGGGAAGAUGAAUCCGUUCUGAUGAUGUUUGUGAUGAAUUUCAACGGCAUUAAACACCAACUGCUCCUUUA